AUGGACUAUUCGGACCCGAACGCAUUCACCUGGCCCUACCAGCUGACCAAGCAGGUUCACCGUGAUGUUUAUCCAUCAUUGGAGCCAACCCAGCCAGAGCUGUCGGCGAAGGGAAAGACAGUGCUCAUCACGGGCGUCUCGGGGGGCAUAGGCAAGUGGAUUGCCGAAUCGUGGGCCAUCGCGGGAGCUUCCGGCAUCGUCAUUACCGGGCGCAAGAUCGAUGUGCUCGAGGGCAUCGCCACACGGCUCCGGAGUCUCGCCCCGCCCGGCACCAAAGUCCACGCCCAGGCGGCGGACAUCACCAACGAAGCCUCCGUCGUGGCGCUCUUCGCGGCAGCCAAGGAGGUGGUCGGCAAGAUUGACGUGCUGAUCAACAGCGCGGGAAGUCUGGACCUGGGCACCAUUGGCGCCAUCGAUAUUACGAAGUUCUUCAACGACUUCCAGGUCAAUGUGCUGGGGACGCAGGCGGAAGGAGCCGGCACCGUUGUCACCAUGACGACGGCCGCCAUGGGCACCGUGUUUCCCGGUAUGGCGGGCUACACGGCAUCCUAG